UGUCGUGUCUGGACGUUGACCUAGGUGACAAACAGGUGUUGGCUCCCAGGCACUGUGCACGGUAUAUAUAUCGAAAGACUCAAUCCCUUAGAUUAGACCCUGCCGGACGUCCACACUUACACCAUGAAGAUUUUCCUCCUUGCUUUCCUGUUGGCUGGAGCCAGCGCCGGCUUCUUGGACUCAUUACAAGGAGCCUUGACCAGUGUUAAGGACACCUUGACGUCGACAGCUUCCUCCACACUCAGCACACUCACAAGUGGCAAUGUGGGUGACAUAUUGACUCACGUAGUUCUUCCAGUCGCUGAACAUGCAGCUAUCGCCGCUGUUUUGGGAAAACGUGAACAUCCACAUGAGCCAACCGUCCAGGAAGUGCUGAGUCACGGUGCCCAGGCUGUAGAACAUGUACUCGGACUGUACGCCACAGACCUUCAACACUUCCACGAGCAGAUCGCCAGCCUUGAUUACCUGAAGGGUGAUGUAAACCAGUUCUUCGCUGACAUGCAACACUCAAAACUGGUCCACAACACUGCGCUGGACAACAUUGUGACAAGUGUACAACAGGCUUUGGCCAGCCACCAUAAGAGGCAGGCUGCAGACAACGGUAUCCUCUCUGGACUCUCCGGACUUUUCAGCUCCACCGUUGACAAGCUGAAGGAGACGUUUAACGGCGUCCAAACAACACUCGCCGGUGGGUCGACAGGCAUUCUGGGGGCUUUGUCUGGUCAUCUAUCACAUCUGACCGAAUCACUCGGUCACAUCAAGGAAACCGGUGCAGCUCUUCUUGCCAGUGGUCAAGAGACAUUGGCCAACUUGCAACACUCAGCCGGUACCCUGAUCAGCCAGGCCCAUGCUGGAGUACAAGGCCAGGCAGCCCAGGCACUUGAUACCCUCCUUCAUCCCAACCUUGGCUCCUAGACUUGUCAACCAUUCAAUGUACAUAUGUAAUAAACAUACCAAUGUCUCA